GCUGCUCUGAGGGAGGAGUCGAGAAGGGGGCGGAGCCCCCUAAGGCCUCGCCCCCAGGUCCCCUGCCCCGCUGGGCAGGCGUUUCAGUCCCUUGCAGUCUGGGAGCUGCGGAGCUUCCAGCUACCCUCUAGAUCUCACUGGUCGGAUCGUCCUCCUGGCCCCGCCAAAUAGGCGGGGGGAGCGGCCCCGAUCGAGGGGUCAUGGCAGUAGCCUCCUCGUCCCCCGCCGUCGCUAGCCUCGCGGAGUCGCCGGCUUCUGCGCGAGGGAUCCCCACCGCCUCGGCAGGCUAAGGAGCCGCUGCCGCCACAGAGCUGCGAGGGCUACUAUGCUCCCUCUCUGCCUCCGCCUCCCGGUCCCGCCCGCGCAGGCACCCCUCUGGCAGCUCAGUCCCGCCUCAGGUAUAGGGGGCCCGCGAAGGUUUUGUAAACAGGAGUUUGAUGUGUUUGGAUUAUCUCUGGUGAAAACGUGGAGGAAGAAUUGAAAGCGAAGACAGAAAGCCUCCACAGGCAGUGUCAAACCAGAAGAGAAGUAAAAUUCAACAAAAACUUAUUAUGUGUGGAGUUCCAUCUUAAAAGAAGAAAAACGUGAUUCUUGAGACUAUGGAUCGGAGCAAACGGAAUUCAAUUGCGGGAUUUCCUCCACGUGUGGAGCGACUUGAAGAGUUUGAAGGAGGUGGUGGAGGGGAUGGGAACAUGACCCAGGCGGGAAGAAUUUGGCCAUCUUCAUAUCGAGCUCUUAUAAGUGCCUUUUCCAGACUGACACGUUUGGAUGACUUCACCUGUGAAAAAAUAGGGUCUGGCUUCUUCUCUGAAGUGUUCAAGGUGCGUCACCGAGCUUCUGGUCAAGUGAUGGCCCUUAAGAUGAACACGUUGAGCAGUAACCGGGCAAACAUGCUAAAAGAAGUACAGCUCAUGAAUAGACUGUCUCAUCCUAACAUCCUUAGGUUUAUGGGUGUGUGUGUACAUCAAGGACAACUACAUGCACUUACAGAGUAUAUCAACUCCGGGAACCUGGAACAGUUGCUAGACAGUAACCUGCAUCUGCCCUGGACUGUGAGGGUGAAACUGGCAUAUGACAUAGCAGUGGGCGUCAGCUACCUUCACCUCAAAGGCAUUUUCCAUCGGGACCUCACAUCUAAGAACUGCCUGAUAAAGAGGGAUGAGAAUGGUUACUCUGCAGUGGUAGCUGACUUUGGCCUUGCUGAGAAGAUCCCUGAUGUCAGCAUGGGGAAUGAGAAGCUGGCUGUGGUAGGUUCACCCUUCUGGAUGGCACCUGAGGUUCUCCGGGAUGAGCCCUAUAAUGAGAAGGCAGACGUGUUCUCUUAUGGUAUCAUCCUCUGCGAGAUCAUUGCCCGCAUCCAGGCUGACCCGGACUAUCUUCCCCGCACAGAGAACUUCGGGCUGGACUAUGAUGCUUUCCAGCACAUGGUAGGAGACUGUCCCCCAGACUUUCUGCAGCUCACCUUCAACUGCUGUAAUAUGGAUCCCAAACUGCGCCCAUCCUUUGCGGAGAUUGGGAAGACCCUGAAGGAAAUUCUGAGCCGACUACAGGAAGAAGAGCUGGAGGGGGACAGAGACCUGCAGCCCACAGCCAAGGGACACUUGGAGAAAGCACCCGGAGUGAAGCGACUAAGCUCACUGGAUGACAAGAUUCCCCCCAAGUCGCCACAACCAAGACGUACUAUCUGGCUGUCUCGAAGCCAAUCAGAUAUCUUCUCCCACAAGCCCCCACGUACAGUCAACGUUCUGGACCCCUACUACCGGCCACAACGAGACGGCGCUGCCCGCAUCCCCAAAGUCAAUCCUUUCAGUGCUCGCCAGGACCUCAAGGGUGGCAAGAUUAAGUUCUUUGACCUGCCAAGCAAGUCUGUAAUCUCCCUAGUAUUUGACUUGGAUGCACCAGGGCCUGCAACUAUGCCCCUGGCUGACUGGCAGGAGCCCCUGGCUGCUCCUCUUCGCCGGUGGCGUUCCUUGCCUAGUUCACCAGAGUUCUUGCAUCAGGAGGCCUCUCCAUUUGUGGGCCGGGAAGAAUCACUAUCUGAUGGACCUCCACCACGCCUCAGUAGUCUCAAGUACAGAGUAAGAGAGAUCCCACCAUUCAGGGCAUCUGCCCUACUAGCUGCUCCAGCCCAUGAGGCUAUGGACUGCUCUAGUUCCCAGGAAGAAAACGGUUUGGGGCCCAGGCCCCAGGGCACCAGUCCAUGCCCUGUAAGUGCCUCUGAGGAGAUGGAGGUAGAAGAAAGGCCAAGAGGUUUGGCUCCAGUCCCCUCUCCAUCUCAGGCAUAGUCCAACAAACCCAGAGAGCAGUAUGGGGGAAGGUGUUGGUCCCUGCUUCACCUUGGGGAUGGACCUUCAACUGAAGCCAUAGGACCCCUUGAUGCACAGCCUUGACUCUUCCCUGGAGCCCACAGAGCAGGCUAGACCAAGCUCGGCUCAACUUCUGGGCUCCCAGUGCCCAACGGCUGUGUAUGAGAAGGAAGGCAGCAGCGAAAGGCCUUGCCAGUUAGGGCCGACAGCUGAUACCACACCUCUAAAAUCCAGCAAAGAGCCCUGGCUCCCACCUGACCCUCCAAUGUACGUCCCCAAAGGACUCCUAGUUCUAGGUUGAGCUGGCAGGCAGCUAUCACCAUGGUUCUUCUCCCACUCCAGGUCUGUCUCUUGCCCUUUCUUGGGGCAUGUAAGCUACUGGCUGAAACCUGGAGUCAACUAGGAGGCCAUAAAGGGCAUGACUGUUUCUCAGACCUGAAGACUGGGGUGCUUCUUGCCAGUAUGUCUAAGGCACUUGAAUAAUUGCUGUUUGCACUUACUGCAUGGUCAGACCACGUCACUACAUUUCUAUGCAAGGGGAGGGCACAGCAGCGUGGUGGUCAUGGUUCUUAGCUAAUCUAUUCAAAGACUUUUCCAGUUGAUUAAUCUAUUUUCGUAUUUAUAAAGGAGUCUUAAUGUUCUGCCCCAUAAAACUUUCAACCUUAUGGUUGGGAGUGGGGCUGGUUUUGUAGGCCGUAGGGCCUGCUCUAUGUAUUUGUCGACAUGUGAUACACCCAACUGGGUUAAACGGUUUAUACAUGGACUGAUUUUCUUCCCUUCCUGCUAUAGCUGGAGCUUCGGGAACAGUCUGUCCUCAAAGAACUGCAAUAAGAAAUAACCAAAGAUGAAGGUGGUCAAAUAUUUUCAUAACUUGUUUCUGUUUUUUUUUUUUUUGUAAAUCUUUCCCAAGACACUUUCACACUUUCAGAUUUAAAAAUAAAGUCGGUGUUACAGG